AUGUCUAAAGCACCUUUAUCUACCCUUGGAUCACUCAAUGCUGAGUACCUCACAUAUUUAGUGAAAUAUCCAUUAUUAACAAAAUCAAUUACUUCUGGAAUUCUUAGUGGAUUAAAUGAAACCAUAUCAUCAGCAAUAACCAAUGAAUAUCAAGAAUCAAAAAUUUUAGGAUUUAAAGUGAAACAUGUUUUUAGUCCAAAAUUGAUUAAUAUGAUUAUUUAUGGUGCUUUAAUUUCAACUCCAAUUAGUCAUAAUUUAUAUGCAAUAAUUAAUAAAAUUUUCACACCUCCAUUAACUUCAAAAGGUAAAAUUUUAAGAUUAUUAACAAGUUUAUUUACAGUAACUCCAAUAAUAACUGGAUGUUUUGUAAGUUGGAUUGCAAUUAUAAAUAAUUAUAAACCAAAUUUAAAAAGUUUUAAUCCAAUUAAUGAAAUUUUUAGAAUUUAUAAAAUUAUCGUUGGUGGUUUGAAAAAGGGGUAUUUAACAACAUUAAAAACAUCUUUAACUGUUUCAUUUGUAUCUUUAAUUGUAGCUAAUAAUUAUAUACAACCAGAACUUUGGGUAGUUUUCUUUAAUGUUGUUUAUUUUGUUUUAGGGACCUAUCAAAAUACUAAACUUAAAAGAUUACAAAAACAACAAAGAUUAAGUAAGUAG